AGUACUCGUGUCACGUGAUGGGUGAGGUUGACGAUGGAAAAUGGCUGCUCCCAUAGGCUCAAUGCUGUUUUAAGCUUUUCGUAUGAUUCGUGUCAUUUGAAGAAAUAUAACCAAGAAAGGCGAAGGAAUUCAGAAAUAAGUCGAAGCAAUGAAGACAUUUUGCGCUCGUGCGAACCCGACCACAGGUGCGCUGGACUGGGUAGAAGAGGGUGAAGAGUAUGACUACCACCAAGAAAUAGCCCGGUCUUGCUACGCGGACAUGCUACACGACAAAGAUAGGAAUGUGAAGUACUACCAGGGCAUCCGGGCGGCCGUGGGGCGCGUGAAGGCGAGGGGUGAGCGGGCCGUGGUUCUGGACAUCGGCACCGGAACGGGACUGCUGUCCAUGAUGGCCGCGAGCGCCGGAGCGGAUUACUGCUACGCCGUGGAGGUCUUUAAGCCCAUGGCCGACGCCGCCGUUCGCAUCGUGGAGAGAAACGGCUUCGGCGACAAAAUCAAGAUCAUCAACAAGCACUCCACCGAGGUCACCGUGGGGCCAGAUGGAGACAUGCAGACUCGCGCCAACAUCCUGAUCACUGAGCUGUUUGACACCGAGCUGAUCGGAGAGGGGGCCCUGCCCAGCUACGAACACGCCCAUGCGCACCUUGUACAGGAGGGCUGCGAAGCCGUGCCCCACCGCGCCACCGUGUACGCGCAGCUGGUGCAGUCGGAGCAGCUGUGGAGCUGGGCGCAGCUGCUGCCCGUGGACGCGGAGGGCCGCGAACUCAGGCCGCCCCCUGCGGUGGGCCGCUGCGCGGGCGCGCCCUCCGUCUGCGACGUCCAGCUCAGCCAGGUGUCCCCCGACGCCUUCGCCCCCCUGGGGCCGCUCUGCACCAUGUUCAGUGUGGACUUCAGCCGGCCCGUCAGCAGCGCCGCUCAGUCCCACUCCUGCAGGUUUGAGGCGUGUGCCAGCGGCCGGGCCCAGGUGGUCCUGUCCUGGUGGGACAUCGAGAUGGACCCGGACGGCUCCAUCGUCUGCACCAUGGCCCCCAGCUGGACGUACCCAGAGCCCAAGUCCUACCCUUGGCGGGAUCACUGGAUGCAGAGCGUGUACUUCUUGCCUGCAGAGCAGGGAGUGACAAAGGGGGAGGAGCUCAGCCUCACUGUCUCGCAUGAUGAUUACAGCCUGUGGUACAGCCUGCAGUCUCCAAGCAGCGAGGGCCCUCCCAGUCGGCCAUGCUGUACCUGUCAGGCACACCUGGUAUGGACACGCCCGCGCUUCGGAGAGCUGAACGACUCCCAGCGGACCAAGCGCUACACCCGCGCCCUGCUCAGUGUUGUGAAAGCAGACAGCGUGUGUCUGGGGGUCAGUGACGGGAGUCUGCUGCCCAUUUUCGCUCAUCUUCUGGGGGCCAGGAAGGUGUUCAGUUUGGAGAGCUCUGGCAUGGUCAAGCAGGUGAUCGAACAGGUGCUGGAGGCCAACGCCCUGAAGGGCGUGGUGCAGGUGCUCGGCGUGCGGCCCGACCAGCUUACCACCGGAGACCUGGGAGGGGAACAGGUGUCGGUGCUGCUGGGAGAGCCGUACUUCAGUACCAGCCUGCUGCCCUGGCACUCCCUGUUCUUCUGGUACUGCCGGACCAACCUGAGCCCCCUGCUGCGACCCGACGCCACCAUCCUGCCCCAGAGCGCCACGCUCUGGAUGGCAGGGGUAGAAUUCCUGGACCUCUGGAGAAUCAGAGCUCCGUGCGGCUCGUGCGAAGGUUUCGACGUCCGCCCCAUGGACGAGAUGAUCCAGAACUCUCUGGAUUUUAGGGAAUCCCGUGAGGCGGAACCUCACCCUCUCUGGGAGUACCCCUGCCGAGCUCUGACCCAGCCCCUCCCUGUCAUGACCUUUGACUUUCGACAGUGCGUUCCUGAUCAGCCACUCAACAGCCAGGGAUCGUCACCAUUCGUGAGGAGAGGCUGUUGCCAUGGAGUGGUGUUGUGGAUGGAAUACCAGCUGACCGAUGACAUCACAGUGAGCAUGGGUCUGACCAAGCCAAUCAAUGAGCAGGGAACCUGUGAAUGGAGCCCCCACCGAAAACAAGGUGUAUACUUCUUCAGCUCUCCCUGGGACAGCUCUGGGGAUGGACAGGCCGCUGUGUCCUAUAACCUGACCUUUGACCCCAGUAUUGGCGACAUCAGAAUGGACUUUUCUGCAUCCCUUUGUCAGUGACUCGUGACCCUUAACCCCUGACCUGGCAGGCUUCACUGUGUCUCUGCACCACAGCUGCGACUGGACAUGACUUAUCCAGCUCCCCUUAACUACAAAACUGUUUUUCCAACUGUUUCAUUAAAAGUAAAAUUGCCCAACUCUGUCUUAUGAAGACGUGUCCUACAGAGUCUUGUUCAGAGUAGAGUAGUUCUUUUUAGUUUUUUUACAUUCUGUUCUUGUGUUAUCCAGUCUGACUGAUAGACUGCUGACAGUGUUUCAUGUGGUGAGAAAGGGAGGCAUCAGCCUGUUCAGCUCAAUCAGGGCAGGUGACACAGUGGAAGUCGUCACCCAGGUAACACUGGAGUACAUGUGACAGGUUCAGGCCAGUUCACUGCGGUUUCCUAUGGUUUAAAUAAGGUCUUAUUUUCUUCACAACCAGACUUCUAUCACGCCGAUACAGUAGAGUUUGAGCGCUAUAGCCAGAAACCAAGAGUCAAAAUUGUAUUUAACAGAAGAAAUGGUAAUAAAUUUGUUAACAUGAACAGAG